GAUUGGCAGAGAGGGAUGGAGGACACCGAGUGGAGGCCAGUGGAGGGAUUGACAGAGAGGGAUGGAGGACACCGAGUGGAGGCCAGUGGAGGGAUUGGCAGAGAGGGAUGGAGGACACCGAGUGGAGGCCAGUGGAGGGAUUGGCAGAGAGGGAUGGAGGACACAGAGUGGAGGCCAGUGGAGGGAUUGGCAGAGAGGGAUGGAGGACACAGAGUGGAGGCCAGUGGAGCGAUUGGCAGGGAGGGAUGGCAGAUACAGAACGUGGAAACCAGUGGAGGGAUUGGCAGAGAGGGG